AGCCACUCUUGCUGCAGCAUGCUUGCGUCCUUUGCAGCCUCUUUGCAGCUCUGUUGCCUCUUGGCAGCUCUGCAACCUCUUUGCAGCCCUUCAUUUGCAUUUGCAUUUGCAUUUGUAUUUAAUUUGUUGUUCAUGGCAGCCUCAUUUCAUCAACAUUUGCAGCUUAGCUUGCUGCACAUUUUUGCUGUCAUUUGACAGCUUCAUUUCCCUCAUAUUUGCAGCUAAAUUGCUGCCAUAUUUGCGGAAAAUUGCAGCUUCAUUUGCUGUCAAUUUUCAGCCUCAUUGCUGCCAUUUCAUGGCAGUUUCAAUUCAUUAUUUCUACAGAUUUGAAUGCCACGUUUCUAGCAAUAAUUCCAACACUCCUCCUUGGCAUCAAAGCUACAAAAUCAAAAACAGAAAUAGAUUUAUACCUAAGCACCUGGGAUCAGCCCUUUGCUAUCCAUCUUAUGCUUGGUUUUCACCAUUUUUUUUUUCAUCACAGCCAUGUACCAUCCUUCUCAAAUAACCUCAGCUCCUCCUUCAUUACAGCUUUCCUUCUUUGGAUUUGCUGCCUCAAACAAAUUUUGGAGGUUUUGCAACUAAAUUGCUUUUUCUGAG